GCCUCUGAGCAAGUGACCGAGGAGCCAGGUGAUGGACCCAGAUUCUGGCUUGCUUUCUCCUCCAUCCCAAGUCUGUUCCCAUCUGGAAGAACCCUGCAUGGAGAGUGAGAGAAGCUCAUCACCCCAAGACUCCCCCUUUCCCUGGAGCCAGAUCCCCAGCUCAAGCCUCACUGACCCCGACUGGUUUUGGGAUGAGCACACCCAGGCAAAGAGGGCCAGAGUGGAGACCAUCAUCCGAGGCAUGUGCCUGUCCCCUAACCUUCUGGUGCCAGGCAACGCCCGAGUCAGGGACAGCCCCUACUGCCCAGAGAAGGCCCCAGAGCGGAAGAGGAAGCAGAGCCUUCCCAUGCAGCAAGGCCGCCUGCAGCCCGUUCCUGCUGGGGACCAGAGCAGCAGGAAGGGGAGCUUUCGGGUGAGAGAACAGCUUCAUCUCCUAAAGCAACAGCUAAGACAUCUGCAAGAGCACAUCCUGCAGGCUGCUGAGCCCAGGGACGCAACUCAAGGCCUGGGAGGGCCUGAGAAGGGGAAGCGGCCACUCAAUAUAAAGCAAAGGAACGGCUGUGGGUCUAGGCCCUGGGUUAUGGACAGUGAUGACCCUCAGCGUUCAAGGGGGAACUUCCCCAGGUCAGGGGAACACGUAGUAUUGGAGGCAGAACACCGGUCUGAGGGGCCCAGUUUCCUUCCUUCUGAAACACGGGCUUUGCUGGACAUUCUGAGGACAGAGCUGACUGGGGCAAUGUCCCAGGCUGUAGACUCAGUAUUACAAAAGGUACUACUGGGUCCACCAGGCCACCUGGCUCACCUGGGCAGAAGCUCCCAGGGGCUGGUUUCAGAGGGUAGAAGUGUGCCCUCACCUCCCAAGGGAGGUGGCCUUGAAGAUCCACUUCCUUCAGCCACUUUUCCCAGGAGCGCCCAGUCCCAGGCUGGGGGUCCACUGGGAAACUUCUCACUGGCCACAUCUCUGGAGUCUCCUAGGCACCUGAUCUCUUCGGGAGUGACCCCCAAAUCCUAUCAGGGUCCCCCAGCAAACUAUCCCUUGACUAUGCCUUCCCACAUCCAGGAAAAUCAGCUUAGCCAGCUCCUGGGUCAUGGGCCUAGCGGCCACUGGAACAGCAGUCUUCCCCAGGACUCAUCUUCCCAAGGCCACUCCUGCUCAGACCCAGCCCUUCGACUUCGGGGAGCUGUCAAGCUGCGGCCCUCAGUUUUGAACCAGCAGCAGUGCCCCUUGCCCUUCACUUGUUCCCGUCUAGAGAGACGGCCCCUUCUUCCCUCUGUGAAGAUGGAACGGGGUGACCGGCAGGGGGUCACUGAUGUACUGCCUUUUUCUUCUGUCCACAUCCAGGAGGCCCUAAAUCCUGGUCACUUGAAGAAGGCCAAACUAAUGUUUUUUUUCACACGCUACCCCAGCUCCAAUCUCCUGAAGACCUAUUUCCCUGAUGUUCAGUUCAAUCGCUGCAUUACCUCCCAGAUGAUCAAGUGGUUCAGCAACUUUCGUGAAUUUUAUUACAUCCAAAUGGAGAAAUAUGCCCGGCAAGCAAUUUCAGAUGGUGUCACAAAUCCCAAAACGCUGGUGGUUCUCCGUAACUCAGAACUGUUUCGAGCUCUCAAUAUGCAUUAUAACAAGGGAAAUGACUUUGAGGUCCCUGAAUGCUUCUUGGAAAUUGCCAGCUUGACAUUACAGGAGUUCUUCAGAGCGGUCUCCACAGGGAAAGACUCAGAUCCUUCCUGGAAGAAACCCAUUUAUAAAAUUAUUUCAAAACUGGACAGUGUCAUCCCAGAGAUAUUUAAAUCUUCCAGCUAUCCCCAGGAGCUGUUUCAGAAUUAAGGAUCCACAAACGGAGGAGCUAUAUCACUUAAGAAAAAAAAAAAAAUCAGGCUUUACUGACUGGCAGUUGGUAAAGAUAUACUCAUAUAAAAAGGGCAUGAAGAGCCCCUCCACCCCCAUCUCCUACAACCCUAAAUAGGUAUUAUAAUCAAUUCUGCUCAUUUCCUUCCUUUCCUAGAACCUCUAAAGGUCUAACCUUAACUACUAAAUCUACUAACCAAAUGUACCGGUAUGUUAGUAGCAUGUUAUAAAAAGGCCACAACAGUUUGGUACUAGAAGACGCAAAUCUACACUAUUUCCAGGUAUUCUGCCCCCGGGAACUCAGCAGUAUUCUGCAUUAUUUAAGGAUGAAAAGACUGUAUCCUAAAGCACUCUAUAAAAUGUCACUACUGAAUAUUAGGGUUUAUUUUUUUCCCCUCAUUGACUUUCAGAUAAGGUUAUUUUAUUUGGGGUUUUUAUGAAUUGCUGUUUUUAGUUACUAUUUUUUUCAUUCUAUUUGCUAGACACUUUUAUUAUCUUCAAGCUCUUAACCCUGAAAAGUAUUAUCUUCAUUUAAAGAACAGCCAAAGAAAAAUUUUACAACUGCAAGGUAGCUCACGAAAGGUUGUGAGGCUUGGGCAUCUGGGUUAG